AAUGAUUCACGUUCCUGCCCAUUUUCACACCCACUGUAGAGAGGAACUCGCUGCCGAUGGAGACAGAAACCACUUGGCUAGAGCCGAACCAGACAUUAACCAGCUAGAGUAAGACUUGACAAUAGAGAAAUGCUUUUGUAACCUCAUGGUUGAGUGGUUGAAAGGUGAAAAUGCCCUUAAAAAGUUGUUUUGUAGCCCUUUCCAGACUGAUUGACGUCAGCAAAUUAGUUUUUUUUCAUCAGCUAUUAAAUUUCAAAGUGUUGAUUUUGAGAUGUUUUAUUCCGUUUCGUGUUGGCAGACAAGUCUGUUUGGGUUAGUACAUAAUCUAAACUUUUUUGAGUGUUAUAUCAUGAUGUUGCUUUGAUUCUUUCAUGCAUGUUGAGGAAAUCACCUGUGGAAGCCACUCGGAGUGCCUAACAAACUUCCUCCAUAGACCCAGCUGAGUUUCUGCCCCACGGAGCACCCCAUCCCCGCGUCUUCUCUACUCAGUUCCUCCAGACUAGUGGCAGCAUCAAUUGAACGGUUUAAAAUCCAGUUGCUCCUCCUGGCAGCCAGUGCGCAGCUCCCUGAGGUCAUCGAUCUAAUCUGCCUACCUGCCUGCUACAAUCUGAGCUGCCAUCUCAAGCUGAGCCUGAAGGGGACUUCUGUCGGAGAUAUGAAACUCUGAGACCAAACGUGUUGUGUUUCUGAUAGACUUGCCUGCCAGCUUUGGUUUUUUUUUUAAAUCCAAUAAAAGCUAGCUAGAAAAAAAAACACUAUUCUUCCUGCAGGUUAUAAAUGAGUGGCAGAUUUUAAAUGUUAGAAACUUUUCCAGACCAAAUUAUGUUUUAUAAAACCUCUGCUGACUUUCUGUGCUCCUGCUGUGGAAAACAGAGCGUGCUACAGUUUGUUUUUUUUCUCCUUUUGUAGAAGCUUGUGUGAUCAAUCAUCUCAUUGUUUUGUAAAUUUUUUAUAAAGGGAAGUGGAGACUUCUCUUCCUACAGUUUCCAUGUCUCAUACUUCCUCCUGAGUUUGGAGUUGAACAAUAAAUCAGCGUUGUGUAUCACACACAGACGUAACAGGAGGAGAUUCAUCACAUACAACAUGUUUCUUUGCUUUCUUGUUUUUUCCCUGUGUGCAAGCGCAGUGAAAUCCCUGACUUCUAAUUCACCCACAACAACAUCCCACCCGAGGAUCACAAAUUCGACACAAGUACCAGUGGAUUGCCCGCAUCUUGUGGCCACACCAGACUACCCAGUUGCAGCAGGUCUAACAGUCGAGCUGCUCUGUCAAACAACAAUCCCAUCACAAAACAUAACCUGGUCCAGGUCCCAUCUUCAAAAUGAGAGCUGGGAAUAUGUGGGUUCAGGUAAGGUACUGCUCCUCACCGAGCCCAAACAAACUGGGACGUACAGGUGUGAAAUCCGCAAUAAUGGGACUGUGACGUGUAAGAGCCAAAAUCACGCUGUGUACAUCGUCUCCAUAUCAACAGCAGGAGAGAAGUUAGGAGAAGCAGCCUUUGCCUUUACUAUCUUGAUCUUGAUUGGGAUCAUUGCCGGUCUGGGCUGGUUCUGUUGGGAAAGAUCUGGCAACAAACCAAGCUCUUCGAACGCUCCAAAGAAAAAUGUCCCACCGCCACCUGAAGUGAUCCCAAAGAAUUUUCCACAGACGAGUGAUGCUGAUGGGGAUAUCUACAUGAACUAUACAAGCAGUACUCAACCCUACACUGACCUCAACCCCUCCAACCUCACAGGGAAAGACUUUUACUCCACUCUGUCAUAAAUGAUGACGGAGUGGAGUGUGCCGUCAAAUGUGGGUGUGCCAUCAAAUAAUUGUUUGGUUGCUGGUAAUGAUAAUCUCUGCAAUGCUGUCUGAACCUCCGUGUUUUAUGGUUUCAGUUAGAUUUAAUCUACUUUUAUGGUUUCAGUUAGAUUUAAUCUACUUUUUUGACAUUUGCAAUUGACAUUGCCAAAAAAACAAAAAUUAUUUGCAAUCUCAAUGUGGUGAGAACUUUCUGUGGUCUCUGCCCAAGUUGUCAAAAAUGUUUUGGUGAUUUUUUUUCUUUUUAAGCUGUACAGUUAUCUUCAAACUAACUUUCUUUGUUUGACUUUUUUAAGAAACUUCUGAAAUUUAACUCUAAAUAUUACAAAGUAGCACAUUACAAAAAGAUUUCAAAUAAUAAAAAAUAAAAAAAUUGGGUUAAUGUGUUUGGAUGUUAGUUGUUUGUUUUUUUAAGUUCCACUAUCUUUUGGGAUUUGGGCCAAAAAAUCACUACACAAACCUUUAAGUACGACUAUUUCAGGGCUAAGUGGUGCCACAGUGUGUAAUAUUUACAACCAGUACAACUCUGAAAACAAAAAGUUGCUUCUUUCAGAUUUUUUCUGUUCUUGCUUCUUUUUU